AUGCUUGUGGCAGAGGAGGGUAGUGACAGAGGAGCAGGUGACAGCCACAGUAUUAAUCCCUCUUUCUCUGUACCUCUCCUAACAGGUCCAAAAAAGGCCUUGAUACAAGCCUUCUCAAAUAGCCUCUACAAAUUGUCUGCAAAGAUGUCUACUGGAUCUCCAGUGAGCAACAUGUCUUCCCCUAGCACAUCUCCACAGCCCCCUCUAAGCCCAUCAGCACAGUCAGACAUAGAAGGUCAUGAGGACCCAAAGCCUACUCCUGCAGCCUCUUCGUUUUCCUUAUCGUGUUGGGCUACCCAGACCCUAUGUGAUUUAGCAAGAUGUGAAACAGACCUCAGGCGACUGAGGGAGCAACAAGUGACUGAAGCACAGAUGGUAGGUCGAGGUGUGGAGCGUGCACUGCUUGGAGCACAAAGGGAGGAGCGCCGUCUACUGGAAAGGGUAGAACAGGAUCACAGGGACCUACAGCUCAGACUGGAACAGGUGCAGAGGGACAAUGGAGCAGCCAUAAGGGUUGGACAAAGAUUGGUUGACCAGCGGUUAUAUAAAGUCAUUAAACUUAGAGAGCUAAUAAAGAUAUGUGGUGGUGGUGGUGAUGGUAAUAAAGAUCGAGAGGGGGAUCUGAAGCGGGACCAGCUUCUUAAGGGUGUUGCAGAACUAGUCCUACCUUGGGAAGUCUCGCUUGCACUCAAACGUGUGUCUUUUAAACCAAGUGCCCAACCAAACACUGUAACUUUUGGUGAGAUCAAAGUACAAGACCACAGCUUCCAUUUUUCUGUUAGAGGCUGUGGGCCGCAGGGGCAAAUGUGUUCCCUCCAUGCCAAUGAAGCACGCGGUGGGGCUCAUUUCAGUGGAGAGGGCCAAAGCACACCUGAUGGAACAAGUCCUGGGCAAAACCAAGUCCUAUCUCCUGGGCCUAAUCCAGGGCACUCAUCAACUAGUGGGAACUUGAGGGUUGUCCGGAAGCUCUGUUUGUCAGCCCGAAGUGAUGAAGAAUCAGGGGAAGAGGUGAAGUGUCAGUCCCCACAACUGCGUCACAGAUCCCCUAAACAAGUCCCAUGUGAACGGGAUUCAUCACAGGAGGAUGAGUGUGAAUCUCCUUCAUCUGAAUGCAAAGGAGAUGAGCUCUUUUUGGCUGUACCAUUACUUAGUCAUGGCGAGUCAGAGGGUGAGGAUUUUGCCCGUAUACAAAAUGGACCAAUCACACAGUUUGCUUCACAGAGAGCAAGAAGGCAACGAGAAUUCUCUCCAUCUCCAGAACAAGGUCACCAAGAACAAGGUGGCUGGUUCUUGCAUCAGUUUGACCAUAAAAAUCAUGCCAGACGGACUGGAUCUUCAUCACCGCAGACCCCUAGAGAGAUCACCUCUAAUCAAGGCAACAACAACCACUUCCUUCGUGGCAGGUCUUGUUCUCAAUUAAGUGCAUCCUCAGAUGACCACCCACAAAAUCAUGCACCAUCCCCUGCAGACAGUGUAGAUUCUGGGUACACUUUCAUUGUCAGCUCCCCCAGAGAUUUUUCCAACUCCCUGCGUCCUACUGCUCGCCUCUCCAGAUCAGCUGCUGAUCUUUCCUACUGCAACAGACCCCUCAGUGAAACCAGAACACACCAGUCAAGCACAUGGAGUGUAACUAAGAGUCAUAUGUCCUCACUCUCAAGCCCCACCUUCCAAAAACAAAAUGAGGUAUCACGGACUAAAUCCUGUCCCAGUCAUGGUAACUUCUCUCAAAAGAACACCCAACAGCAUGCUUCUUGUUCCAGUAGAGUGUCUCGUUCACUCUCUAUGUCUGUUAUCGAUAACUCAUCUCAGAAAAGACUGAACCACUUCACAUCAGGACGGCAGAAUUCUCUAAAUGAGAACAGACUGCGUGGAGAAAGGAGUGAGCCAGCUCUUCUAGAGUUAGAGGAGGAUGCCGAAUCAUUGGGACCAGAAGAGGUGCGUCUUAUCCGUCAGUUUGGUAAACAAGGCUCAGGACGUGCUGAUCUCACGCUGCCCAGUGGUGUCCAUGCAACACCGCAAGGUCAACUAUUCCUUGUGGAUUGUGGGAAUGCUCGUGUACAGGUAACUGAUGCCCAUGGCAAUGUCCUACAACACGUGACUUCUCCAACUAAUGACUUGGGAGGCUCCUUGCGACGUUGCCGCAAUUACUUCGAUGUGGCUGUUAACGCCAAGGGUCUGAUUGCUCUGAGCUGUGCAGCUGAAAGGGCUCUCCUGAUCCUUAGUCGGCAUGGGCGUCUCCUCCAAACAUUUGGAGGGGGACCCUACAUUGCAGGAGUACCUCGAGAUGAGUUGGAAGCACCAAGGGGAGUGACAGUCACCCAAAGAGAUGAAUUCCUAGUUGCAGAUAUACGAAAGGGUACUCUUACAGCACUAAAACUUGAACCUAAAACCGGUUCCAGAUUGGAACGCACUGUGGUGACCGGUUUCCACAGGCCUUACCUGGUCUCAGCAUGCUUGCACACUGGUCUGGUUGCAGUGUCUGAGCGAGGCAGUGAAAUUGGGCAGGAGCCUUGUGUGAAGAUUUUAGGACCAGGAUGGGACACCCUACGAAUCCUGGGUGUUUGUUCUAGCUUAGGACCUGUACUCUCCUGUCCCUGGGGCCUCUGCAUUGAUAAGAAUGGGUCUGUUUUGGUGGCAGACUGGGGAGAAAAACAUCGGGUACUUCUAUAUCCCUCUGAAGGGGCAGGACGAGUGAUUUUGUCUGAUGGACUGAGCAGCCCUCGUGGACUGGCACUUUUACCUAAUGAUCUGCUAGUUGUGUCAGACAGCAUGCACCACUGCGUUAAAAUUUAUCAGUACAAAUGA